AUGCACGUACCAACUCUCACUCUCUGGUGCUUUUGCAUGCUUGUCGCUCUUGCUAGCGGCUCCCCUGGAGGAAGAUGGCCUAUCGGCCUAGGCAUGAGCAAAUACGUUUCUUCCUUCCUCGGAGGCGCGGUUAUAAAUAUAAACCAAACCGAAACCACAGGAAAAGAAGAGGAACUACCCGCCAUACGCACUGUUUCCGCCGAGUGGAAUAUACCAUGGAGCAAAGCACCUGACAAUGCAGACCUCAGCAACCCCAAUAACCGACAUUCUCUAGCACAGUGGGUCGGGAUUCUUGGGAACGGCUGUGCUAAUAAGAAUUGGUAUCCAUUUCUCCAGGCAGGGACGAAUAUCGAGAUGGACGAGCAUGGCGCGAUCGUUGCGGGUGCCUGGGUCGAGUGGUUUCCAGCCGGAGCCCACCCCAUCCCCAAGGAAAAUUUUGCAGUCAGUCCUGGUGACCAGAUAAUGGUAGUCGUAAAUGUGUACACUCGCAUAUUGGGCCAUGUAUAUAUGAAGAACCUCCGCACCGGCCAAGAAUAUACAGCGGAAGUGGAAGCAGACUCACCUAAGGACCCAAAGUUUCAGAUUUGUCUUGGCUCUGGUGUCGCCCAGUUCUUCCAGGAAUGGGACAUUGCAAAAGACAGAGAAAAUCUACCGAUCUUCAGCAAUGUUACAUUUUCUAGCAUGACAACUAUAGAUCGACGUGGCGAAUUUUAUGAUCUCACUUCAGGAACGGAGGACUACUGGACCAUGAUCGAUGCUGGGAGACAAGUUGCCAUACCGGAGGGAAUCGACAGCAAGAGUUUUGUAGUUUACUCCCCCCAGGGGAAGACAUGGACUCCACGCGGUAGUCACUAG